CGUCGUGCCCCUUUAGCACCUGAACAUGUUCGAACACUUGUCAAAAAACAUAACAUUAAAGUUCUUAUUCAAGCAUCAAAUCGUCGUGCUUUUCCAAUUUUAUCAUAUAUACAGGCAGGUGCUACUGUUCAAGAAGAUUUAAGUGAAGCAUCAGUUAUAAUUGGUGUUAAACAAGUUCCAGCAGAUUUAUUAAUACCAAAUAAAGUUUAUAUUAUGUUUUCACAUACACAUAAAGCUCAAGAAGAUAAUAUGUCAUUAUUAGAUGCCUGUUUAGAAAAAAAUAUUACAUUAAUUGAUUAUGAAAGAAUUGUUGAUGAUCAAGGUGUUCGAUUAGUUGCCUUUGGAAAAUAUGCUGGAGUUGUUGGAAUGAUCAAUAUUUUACAUGGACUUGGUGUAAGAUUUCUUGCACUUGGUCAUCAUACACCAUUUAUGCAUAUUGGUCCAGCACAUAAUUAUCGAAAUAAUGAACAAGCUCGUAUGGCUAUUCGAGAUGCUGGAUAUGAAGUCGCUUUAGGUCUUAUGCCGAAAUCUAUUGGACCACUGACAGUUGUUUUCACUGGAUCAGGAAAUGUUUCUCAGGGUGCUCAAGAAGUCUUUCGUGAAUUACCAUUUGAAUAUGUCGAUCCAAAAGCUCUUCCACAAGUUGCUCAACAUGGUGCUAAUAAUAAGAUUUAUGGAAGUGUUAUUCAACGUAAAGAUCAUCUAAUAAAUAAAGAAACUGGAGAAUAUAAUGAAGCAGAAUAUCAUAAAUAUCCUAAUAGAUAUACAUCAACAUUUAAAACAAAAAUUGCUCCAUAUGCUUCGGUCAUAAUCAAUGGCAUUUAUUGGGAACAAAAUUCACCAAAAUUACUUCGUAUUUCUAAUGCAAAUCAAUUGUUAACUCCACCACCAGAAUGGUCACAAAAUGAUCCUAAAUCUGGAUGUCCACCAUUACCUCAUCGACUUUUAGCUAUUUGUGAUAUCACAGCUGACAAAGGUGGUAGUAUUGAAAUAGUUCAACAAACAACAAGUAUUGAUCAUCCAUUUUUAUUAUAUAAUCCUAAAACAAAUACAUCAACAGAAAGUUUUGAUGGUCCUGGUGUAUUAAUUUGUUCGAUUGAUAAUAUGCCAACACAAUUACCAUUAGAAGCAACUGUUUAUUUUGGUUCAAAAUUACUUCCAUUGAUACCACAAUUCCUUGAACUUGAUGCUAAAAAAGAUUUUGAAAAACAAACACAUGUACCUCGAGUUGUUAGAGAUGCAACUCUAACAGCCAAUGGUCAAUUGACACCAAAAUAUACUUAUAUAACACAAUUACGAGAACAAAAAAAAUUAAAAAAAUCAAUGUCAUCGGUUUCAAAACGUGUACUUGUAUUAGGUACUGGUUUUGUUAGUGGUCCUGUUGUUGAAUAUUUAACACGUGAUAAACAAGUUCAUAUAACAGCAGUUAGUGCAGUAAAACAAGAAGCUGAUCGACUUGCAUCACAAAAUCCUCAAACAACACCUGUAUUACUUGAUGUAACACGAAGUCAAAGUGAUCUUGAAAAAUUAAUAAGAGAACAUGAUUGUGUUGUUUCACUUUUACCAUUUACAUUACAUCCUGAAAUUGCUUCAAUGUGUAUUAAACAUCGUCGUCAUUUAGUAACAACAAGUUAUGUAUCACCAAAAAUGAAAGCUUUACAUGAUGAAGCUGCAGCUGCUGAUGUCACAUUAUUAAAUGAAGUUGGAUUAGAUCCCGGUAUUGAUCAUAUGCUUGCUAUGGAAUUAUUUGAAAUAAUUCGUGAUGAUGGUGGUCGAAUAGAUUCCUAUGUAUCAUAUUGUGGUGGAUUACCAGCUCCAGAAUAUGCUGAUAAUCCUUUACGAUAUAAAUUUAGUUGGUCACCACGUGGUGUUCUUACAGCUUUACUUAAUCCAGCUAAAUAUUUAAAUAAAAGCAAAAUUGUUCAAUUACAAGGCAAUGGUGGUGUUAUAGAAGGUGGAUGUACAACAGCAAAUUUUCUUCCUGGUUUUAAUCUUGAAUGUUAUCCAAAUCGAGAUAGUACAACAUAUAUUGAUUCAUUACAACUUGAUACAGUACAUACAAUACUUCGAGGAACGUUAAGAUAUAAGGGUUUUUGUCAAAAUGUACUUGGAUUAAUUCGUCUUGGUUUACUUAACGAUCAACCACAUCCAAGUUUACAAUCGAAUGAUGAUCUUACAUGGAAAGAUUUUAUGUGUGAUCUAGUGAAUUUAAAACGUGAUACAUCAUUAAAUACACUUCGAACUACUAUUCAUCAACGAUUACAAAAUGAAAAUCAAUUACAAACUAUUGAAGAACUUGGUCUUCUUUCUGAUGAUACUAAUAUAGAAAAACGUUCAAAUCCACUUGAUACAAUAAGUGGAUGGUUAUCUAAACGUUUAUCAUAUGGACCUAAUGAACGUGAUAUUGUUAUUCUACAUCAUCAAGUUGGUGUUACAUGGCCAACAUUAUCUGAAGAAGAAACAGAAUUAAAAACAAUAGAUAUGGUUGUUUAUGGUGACUCGAAAUAUUCAGCUAUGGCAAAAACAGUUGGUUUACCAGCUGCUAUUGCUACACGAAUGCUUCUUGCAAAUGAAAUUCAUGAACGUGGUGUUGUUGUACCUGUUAAACGUACCAUCUAUAAACCAAUUUUAAAUGAACUUAAACGUGAAGGAAUAACAUGGACAGAAAAAACAAUCAAAAAAUAA